CAACUGGAUAUUUUAUCUCCAUUUCAGUUGUAUUUUAAUCCAGAUUUAAUUAUAAAAAAUUACCAGAUAUGGCGACUGUUCACAACAUUCCUUUUUUUCGGUACAUUUGGCUUCAAUUUUUUAUUCAACAUCAUCUUCACAUAUCGAUAUUGCCGUAUGCUAGAAGAAGGUUCCUUUCGAGGACGACCAGCAGACUUCUUUUUUAUGUUUAUAUUUGGUGGCACAUUAAUGAUAAUUAUUGCUAUGUUUGUUAAUUUGUUAUUUUUGGGUCAAGCUUUCACUAUUAUGUUAGUUUAUGUAUGGAGUCGUCGGAAUCCUUAUGUACGUAUGAAUUUUUUUGGCCUGCUGAAUUUUCAAGCUCCAUACUUGCCAUGGGUUUUACUUGCAUUUUCAUUAUUACUUGGUAACUCUGUCAUAGUUGAUCUUAUGGGUAUUGCAGUAGGUCAUGUAUAUUAUUUCUUGGAAGAUGUAUGUCCAAAUCAGCCCGGAGGAAUGAGACUGCUGAAAACUCCUUGGAUAAUAAAAUAUAUUUUUGAAGGUCCAUCUUCUGAUUCUGCACAACCACCACCUCCACCUGAAGACAGACCUGGCGGAUUUCAGUGGGGAUGAUUUUCAUAUAUAUCAGCUUGUCUUCCAUGUGUAAAAUAUCCAUUGUAAUCCUUGCUGUGUACAUUUUGUAAAAAAUAAAAUAUUUUCAGUCAUU